GACGGUUCUGGAGGCAUCGCGCGGGUGAAGCGCGGCCUGGACGUGGCGGUGCCCGAAAAGAGCUUGGUGGUGCUGCCGCUGAAGAUCAAGGCAGCCACAAACACGCUGGAGUCCAGAAUGUGCUUUGCAGUCGAGCUGAAUAGCGAGGAACCACCACCAGAUCCUCUGGAGGAGGCGCUGAAGCUGCAGGCCCAGCUGGCGCGAGAGGUGCAUGCAGCGGCUCUGCGGGAGCAGGCCUUGGCACACGCGCAAGCGUCCAAGCAGCUGGAGCCUCCCGCGGAGCCGCCCGCAGAGCCUGCUGCGGAGCCGCCAGCAGAGACGCACGCGGAGCCGCCGGAGCAGAAGCAGGCAGCUCCUGAGGAGACGCCGGAAGUACCGGAGCCAAAACUUGCCGAAGCUGAAGCCGAGAGGGAGAAAGACCUGGCUGAUGAGAAGGAGAAUCAGAGGAGGGGGGAGAAGGCUCCGCAGAAGUUUUCGCAGAAGGAAGCGAAGGUCAAGGGGAGCAAGGAGUGCGGUCGCAGCCGACAAGGCUCACUAUAA